AUGUCCAGCAUAAGAGAAGCACCCAAACCGCGAACCAGUCCUCGUACAACUGAAGACGACGGUACUUGGUUAUCGUCCGAAGGUCCAUAUCUCAAUCUAAUCAAACAGAGCUGCACUCGCCAGCCAAAUUUGGAGCUACCAGAUGGAAGAAACCGUGCAGUUUUACCAUGCGACAGACAGAAUAUUCGCGCCUCGCUUUUCGAAUUUGAGACCGAGAAUCAAAUCUCACCACCAACAAAGUUCCCUAAUUUUGUAGACCUACAGAAACAUUUCAAACAUCCUCGACCUAAUGCUUGUCGUCGCAUUUAUCUCGUCGAAGGACUCAACCCACAAGUCGUAGCUCUCUUGGGCGAAAGCCUUAACAUAGAUCCAAUCUUUUUUGUCACGCACGAACGAACUUCAACCUAUCUCCGAUGGCCCUACGAGCCCAACCUGGCUCCAUGUUUACCUUCACUUAUAGACGGGGGCCAAUCCUUCACAGCCAACUACUACGAUAUCAGAGCUCUGAGUGAACAGCUCGGCACAUUUAGUGUCGCUUGCGCAGAGUCUGGGAGAGAUGCGCUGAGGACAAAACUUGGCAAGGAAUGGGAGCCUACCGUCAUCCUUCACAGAAAAUGCUCCUUCUGGAAGACAACAUUUACCAACGAGGACGACUGGACUGCUUUAAUUCUUUGCGAUCCACCCUUCCGACAGGCUCAUAUAUGGCAAAAGCCAUCUAUCACACAAGACCCGUGGUCCUUAAAGACUAUUCAUUUCUCAGCACCACCGUUUCAAGGAGGAUAUGCCGACUUUAUCCCUCAUUCAUGGACUAUAAAUCGAGCAUCUGGUCCUCCCAGGGACAGCCUCUAUGAUGACAUGGUUCACUACUUGACGGAAUAUCACAAUGAUAUAUCGACCAAACUGUCUGAACUAGACUUUACUGUGUUUGCCAAAAAGAUCAUUGCCUCCCAUUUUUUGCUUCUUAUAGAAUAUCACGAAGCUCUCCUCUCAACCAUGGCAUUUCCGCUUCAGCGCAAAGACAAUUUCGCUAAUAUUGAAACAACAUCACUUGAAAGCUCAUGGAGCAACAUUCAGCAGCUCUGUAGUCGAAUCGACAGAUAUAUCAAGGAUGUAUCGCAUAUAAUGCUGCAAUUACAUAUAUCAUUUGACAACCCAUGCGUGCCAAGCACACAUACCAACUCCUAUGCCAAAUGGGCUCAGAGCGAGUCUGAUUUUCAGUACAUUUACAUGAAAUUGCAAUCCCUCAGAGAAAAGUCAGAAUUCCUGAGUUCUUCACUUACAGGAGUGACGGGCAUCAAUGGAGCUGCGAGGUCUAUUCGUGAAGCCAAGACCAUCAAAACUUUUACCAUUGUGGCACUCAUUUUCAUUCCUCUUUCUUUUUCGACGAGUUUGUUCAGCAUGUCGGAUCGGUAUUUACCUGGAGAAAAGAACUUUGGAGUUUUCUUUGCUGUUGCACUUCCGCUCGUUCUGGCGCUUGGAGACGUUUACGACUAG